UCUUCAUUUUGAUUUCAAUAGUUUAGUUGUCGCCAUCUCCAUAAAGAGAAAAAACUCUCUCUCUCUCUCUCUCUCUGCAGUCCCCACUAUUCAAGCCCUAGAAACCUGAACUCAGAACUCCUGUGAAGAAUCGAAGACCUGUUAUCAAUCAAUCAUGAAGAGCAAGACGCCAUUGAAGCAGCUCAAGCUCUCUGUUCCUGCUCAAGAAACCUCCAUCACUAGCUUCUUGACUGCCAGCGGCACAUUCCAAGACGGCGAUUUGCUUUUGAACCAGAAAGGUCUGCGCCUAAUUUCCGAAGAAAAGGAAUCUCGCCCUUCAGAUAUAAAGGAGCUUGAUUUCCAAUUCUCUUUGGAGGACCUUGAGACCAUCAAAGUCAUUGGGAAGGGCAGUGGAGGAGUAGUUCAACUUGUUCGGCACAAAUGGGUUGGAACAUUGUUUGCCUUGAAGGUCAUCCAGAUGAACAUACAAGAGGAAAUUCGUAAACAAAUUGUACAGGAGCUGAAAAUAAAUCAGGCCUCACAGUGUCCACAUGUUGUAGUUUGCUACCACUCAUUCUAUCACAAUGGAGUUAUCUCUCUUGUGUUAGAGUACAUGGACUGUGGAUCUCUGGCAGAUGUGAUCAAACAAGUUAAAACAAUCCUAGAACCUUAUCUUGCGGUUGUUUGUAAGCAGGUUUUACAGGGUCUUGUGUAUUUGCACCAUGAACGACAUGUUAUUCAUAGGGAUAUAAAACCAUCCAAUCUGCUCGUAAACCACAAGGGGGAAGUAAAGAUUACUGAUUUUGGUGUGAGCGCAACACUAGCAAGCUCUAUGGGUCAAAGGGAUACAUUUGUUGGGACUUACAACUACAUGUCGCCAGAGAGAAUCAGUGGAAGCACUUAUGACUAUAAAAGCGAUAUUUGGAGUCUGGGCAUGGUAAUACUUGAGUGUGCCAUAGGACGAUUCCCUUAUUUGCAAUCUGAAGACCAACAAACUUGGCCAAGCUUUUAUGAGCUUUUAGAGGCCAUUGUGGAGAGCCCACCACCUUCUGCUCCAUCAGACCAGUUCUCUCCAGAGUUCUGUUCAUUUGUUUCAGCCUGCAUACAGAAGGACCCUCAAGAUAGAUCGUCAUCUUUAGAACUUUUGAGUCACCCUUUCAUAAAAAAGUUCGAAGACAAAGAUAUUGAUCUUGCAAUUCUGGUGGAUAGCUUGGAGACUCCAGUAAAUUUCCCAAGGUGAAAUUGCCUUGUAACACAAUAUUCAAUGUAAAAUGUUCGACCCCACCCCACCCCAUAUGUAUUAUUAUUUUACAGUUGUCGUGAAAAUUUGGAUGAGAUUCGUUGUAAAAAUAAGCGAACAUUUUUUUUUUGGGUUCUUAUGCAUUGAGUUUGGUAUUUUCAUGCAAA